AUGAGGGACAAGAAACAAGCAGUGGUAUCGAGGUUCAAGUGCCCGUUUCCUAACUGCAGCAAGUUUUUCAAAAGACGAGAUUACUUACAACGCCAUGAAGCAAAUCAUGCAGCAGUAAGGCCGUUCAGAUGCGAGCUUUGCGGCAUAUCUUUCUCCAGGAAGGACUUGGUGAGAAAGCAUAAGACAUCGAAAUCCCACAGGAAACAAGUCGAAUCUCUGCAAAACCCAUCCAGUCCGAUAUUUGUCAACACUUUUUUGGAUGCAAAGGUGUUUAAAAAUACCCGUACGUCUAACAAAAGAGCUAGAUUCAAGGUCAAUAAGGAUGAAAAGGGUCGGCCUGCUGGAGUGCAACAUGAUUCGGCAGUUUUAGGUUUGGAGAGACUUAAUUUUACCAAUUUGGUGAAUUUUGAAGACUCCUAUGGAUGGCUUUUUGAUGGUUCGGAUUCUUCUUCAACUAUCCAGGAUGAUGAAUACUCGGGUGGAACCGCUAUGGUUCAUUCAGGACAGCUUUCGCCGGAAAAUACGAAUACGUUAGACUCGGAAGCUCACUGCUGGGAUGUUUCCUUGCCGCCUGUGUUGCAGCAGCAUGCAGUGGAGCUGAUUACGCAGAUUUUGGUAGAUGAUUCUUUAUCGAUGACUUCUAAACUAAGAACUUCAAAAAUCAACACAUAUUUCGCUCAUUACUACAAGUAUUUUGACACUACUUGUCCGAUUGUUCACAGGCAGAUCUUUACUUCUGGAAAUGCGGAUGAUAACUUGCUUGCAUUGUUGGUGGUGGCUGUGCUGACGAUAGGAAUGUCAUUUACUGAUGGUGGCACACAAAAGUAUUCUGAAGAAUACAUGUUGGCCAUUGAAAUUCACAGAAAGCUUAGGACUGCGUUGUUCGUAGAAAUUGAGAAGUACCAAAAUAUAAACGACAUCUCUUUGGAGUUGCUUCUCACCCUAGAGCUUACAGAUUUCUUCAACAUAUAUAUGGGAUCUGGGUCACAGAGCCGAAGUGCAAAUAUCUUCCAUCCCAUGGUGAUGUCUCUUUUUCAAGAACUUGAUCUUUACCUGAACGUAGAAGAGCCCAAUAUAGAAAGCAACGAGGAAGUUUCCCGGGAUAAGUGGAUAUCCUGGAUCCGUUACGAGAGCUUGAAAAGAGUAGCAUAUUUUGCCUACUUGAUGGAUGCACAACGCACCUUCUUCUAUUCCAAAAAUCCUUGCAUGUCUAUCUUUGAGAUUCAGCUGGAAUUGCCUUAUACAGAUCGUGCCUGGUAUGCACCAGAUCCGGCUGAAUUUAUGUUAUAUUAUUCAAAACAACCGAGAGGCUUGUUUAGCAGGAACCGUAAAUUACCCGAUGAUCAUACGCCGUAUGUUAUUGGUACACGCGAUUUAACUACUAAUGGAUUGUUGAUUCCCAACGUGAAGAGUGAAGGAAAAUGGCCCAAUUUCCUUUGGAGUCUAAGGCGGUUGAUGCAAUCAUACAGUAAGAAUCAGAAGGAGUACCACACAGAUUGCUUUUCACAGUUCUCUCGAUACAUAUUAUUGCAUGGAGUAUUAUCACUCAUUCGAGAGCUUAGAAAUCUAAGUAUAUUAGACCUCGGUAACCAGAAAAGCAGGCUGAGUACGAUGGCGGCCAAGAUUGAGCAGUCUCUAUUCAACUGGAAAGGUUACUUGAACAAGCACAUCGCAGAUAUGAAUGCAUCCUCAUUGGACGGUAAGUUACCCCUGGGUCAGAUGAAUGACUACGGUACGUCUCCAUCAUUUUGGUCGAAUGUGAUCAUGUUCAAAACGGGAUUGUUGGGUCUUUAUUGCGAUUUUGAUCUUUUAUUCAAAUAUCGCAGUAGCAUAAGGAAAUUGGAAGGUCAAGGAGGUGGGUGUAAUGGUACCUUUGCAGAGAUUUUCUCGCCGGAAAGAACCAAAUUCUACGAACUAGGAAUGGCCAAAAGUGAAAUGAUGGUGAGAUCAUGGGCAUGCUCGAAAAGUGGACUACAUUCAAAUAUAGAAGCAUGUAAUAUCCUUCGGAUGAUUUUUUACAAUGAGGAAUUACUAUCUUCUCUCCCGCAUGCUCCCUUCUCAAUGUACAUUUCUGUUUUAACGUGCUGGUUUUACCAACACAAUGGAAGUUUGAGCCCGUCAGGAAGUGAUAUGCCUGUGAAUUCACCUGAGUUGGAUAUAGUAACGCAAGGGGAUGAAAUUCGCAAAAAAGCUCUUGAAUACAUCUCAUACACUUUGGACGAGGUCUCAGUAGAGAUGGCAUACCAGGAAGGUCCUGCACAAGUAAGCAUCUCUACACCAGCAGCUCAAACUGGGAACGAGAAGUUGUUACUUGUUAAAGCUCUCGUUCUUCAUUCAAUCGUAGUACUGGAGAGGUCAUCACGUUGGGCCAAUUCUAAUUCCACUAUAGAUGAUUUGUGCAGUUUACUGAAUGUAAAGCCAUAG